UGCUCUAAUAUGAGUCUCCCUUGACUUUGCAGGUCUGGCUUCUUCCCUGCAGCUAGUUUCAUGUCUUAUCAACAGUGUGAGUUCAACUUUGGAGCAAAACCUUUCAAAUAUCCACCAUCAGCUAAAUUUAGCACCUUUAAUGACUAUGCCUUCUUGACAGCAGAAGAGAAAAUCAUUUUACCAAGACAUAGACGACUGGCCUUGCUAAAGCAAGUAAGCAUUCGAGAGAAUUGCUGCACUCUUUGCUGCGAUGAAAUAGCAGACACAGAACUCAGGCCAUGUGGUCACAGUGACUUGUGCAUGGAGUGUGCCUUGCAACUAGAGACCUGCCCUUUGUGUCGACAAGAAAUACAGACUCGGGUCCGACAGAUCGCUCACAUUUCAUGACACGUGGGGAACUGUAACUCGUGAACUUCCCUCUGAUCCAUUCCAUUCAGCGCUAGAAGGAGAAAGGCAGCUCU